GGUACUUAUAGGGGGGAGAAAAGCCACCUGAACUGUCUAGUUUCCCACUUUCCCAGACGUCUGUCUUCUUUACUGCUGUCUGUUGUUCAGCACAGCCGGCCGCCAUGCCCACUGACGCGCAAAGCGAUGCCCGUUCCUUCCUGACGGAGGAGAUGAUUGCAGAGUUCAAGGCCGCCUUCGACAUGUUUGACACAGAUGGUGGCGGUGACAUCAGCACCAAGGAGUUGGGUCAAGUGAUGAGGAUGCUGGGCCAGAACCCAUCGAGGGAGGAGUUGGAUGCCAUCAUUGAGGAGGUGGAUGAGGAUGGCAGCGGUACCAUCGACUUCGAGGAGUUCUUGGUCAUGAUGGUGCAACAGUUAAAGGAGGACCAGGCUGGGAAGAGUGAAGAAGAGCUUUCAGAAUGCUUCCGCAUUUUUGACAAGAACGGAGAUGGUUUUGUGGACCGGGAGGAGUUUGGCGAUAUUCUCCAUCUCACUGGAGAGCCAGUGGUGGAGGAAGAUAUCGAUGAGAUGUUCGGUGAAGCAGACACGAACAAAGAUGGAAAGAUUGAUUUUGAUGAGUUUCUGAAGAUGAUGGAGAACGUCCAGUAAUGAGGCCAGCUCGACAUUCCUUGGUGAAUCUUCCUCAGAGAGAAUGCAAAUGAUGGAAAUGUACUCAGAGCAAACUGUAAAUGAUAUGAAACCUUGUGUAAUUAUGAAUAUGAUGUUGUUUCUAAGACGUCAAAAUGGAUACAAGUGAAAUACCUUCACCCCCACCCCCACCCUUACCCCUCUUCCCCUUCUCAUAUGAAACCCAAAGGCUCGGUGGAGAAUUCUAUAAAUAUCCGUUCAAACCUUUUAAGACGAAGGCACUUUCCCCCGGCCGUCCUCCUUGAGCCGGCCACCCAGCUGUCCCCUUUGCAGCUGCUGUUUCUCCAGAAAUGCUACACCAGUAGCUUAAACCCCCACCCUCCUCCUCCUCCUCCUCCCCCUCCUCAAAACUAAAUAUCUCCUCCACCCUGUUCUGUACUUUCUAAAUAAAUCCACUUUCUCCUUGUU